UCGGGAUUCAGGCCAGGAUGUGUCCCAGCGAGAGCGAGGUGAGCGCCUAUGCCUGGCUGGAGCCCCCCGUCCUGGAGGCCAUCGCAGCCACCGAGGACGGAGCGGAGAGUUUGGGAAAUGGUCCCAGUGCACUGCCAGCCACCAUCGGCAUCACAGAGCUGAGCAAUGGCUCCUCCAGCACCACCCAGCUGCCGACCUCAACCUUCCUGAACACAGCUCCAGCCGAAGGGGAGGACGUGGAACGGGUCAGCACGGGCACCAAAUUCGCCCUCCAGCUCUGGCUGGAGUCCCUCAGGGAGCAGGGACUAGUCCAGCCCUAGGGCAGCAUCACACUGCUCCUGCAGCCGCUGGCGAAGAGAAUAAAGUUAGUGCCCACAGGGACCGGAGUCUGUGCUGGAGCGGGAUGGGGAUCUCAAGUGGCAGGGAAGCAAGGGGGGGAGUGUGACAGGCAGGUAGGGACCCUGCCUGCCACAGGAAGGGCAAGGAGAGGACAGCAGGGUGGCCCAGAGAGGUCAUGGCUUAGUGGGGUGGCAGGAUCAGCACCCAUCAGCUAACCAAGACUGGGGUCCCCCAAUAAUGUGCGCAAGCUGGGCUGGGUGGGCUUCUGUUGGGUUAAGGUGGACCCUGCACCAUACAGAAACUGCUCUGAGGGCUCAUGCAGCUCAGGAUCGAGCUGGGUACAUGCCCCAGCACAGCUGCCAGCUGCUCCUGGUGUGUGUGACAGGGCUGGGUUUAUAAAAGACAUGUUGUCACCCUGGCGGUACCUGGAGCAGAGCUGCUGUGCUUGCUGGGGGACUGGGGUCCCACGCCGGGCACAUCCCGUCACAGCUUGGCUGCAGGGAAAGCAGAGCAGAGUUAGGGUACAUCGGUGAGCUAAGCCCAUGGCGAGCCACCGGUACCUCAGUGCGAUCUGGUUCAGAACAACUGCCCUCCAGCAGGGGAUUUCAGGAAUGCGGAAGUUCAGAAACUCCAAAAACCCAUUCAGAGGGGCUUGGGAACACAUGCAGGCGAGCCGGGGCCAAGAGCCCCGCACUCUUUUGUCCCCCGACUCCUGCUCUUCACACCAGAGCAGAAGCAGCAGCAGCAGUUUGGCUCCUGCUAAACCAGAGCAGCUCCACACGCCCAGUCACCAUACAAAUCAGCAGAUCUUCAAGAUUUAACGGCUUUAUUGCAUUGAAAUAUUUACCACGGUUACGAUACAAAGAAUAGGAAAUCAUCCAAGCAGAAU